AUGUCCCGGGCACAGCUGGAGGUGAUGUUUGGUACAGGAAGAUUUGGAGAGGCAGCACGGGUGCUCCUUGGAGCCCUGCGCGGAGCGGGCACUGCCCCGGCUGGCUCCGAGUGUCAGUGGCACGCGCUACCAGUCUGCUUAAUCAUAAACGAAAUCCCUUUUAUGGCUACGUGGUUUUUACUCGUGUCGACUUUCAGCAUGCUGCCUCUGCUGCUGAAGGACGACCUGCUGCUGGCCUACGCCGUGACGGCGCCGGCGUUCCUGUCGGCCUGUGUGGCUUCCUUCUCCAUAUUUGAGAAGACUUCCGCAGAGGACCUGCAGCUGAAACCGUUCUCCCUUUCCCUGAAGGGCUAUGUUUCUUGGUUUAAGUCAUUUCCCAAGAUUGUCAGGAGUCUGUUCCUUCUUUCCGUAACCCUGAUGGGUGCCCUGUCCCUGCUGAGUGCUGCAGUGCAUCCUCCGCAGAGGUUCCCGGAUUUGUUCCCUAGGCUGCAAAAGCUGGAAACUUUGGCUGGGCGAGAGACUGCCCAACACCCAGGCAGCCUGGAGAACGUCAGCUUCCCGUGA